UGUCAGAGAACAACAUGUACCGAGAAGAGACUGCUGGGCGUGUGCUUAAAUUUGACAGACGUCUCGUCACAGCCAAUAAGAGCGCAGAACCGCUCCUACCUCUGCAGGAAAUACGUCACACUGCCACGCGGUGGGUUUAUAUAGCGUCAAGCGGAAGCGUUAAAGCGCCAUUUCACUGCGGAGUUACUGAGUGGAAGUGCAGCGUCAAUAGUGGUUGAGGAAAUUGGAUAGUAAUAAACACACCGCCUUCAGCCCGAUGGAAGCGGCAGUCAACCUGCCCCACGACAGCUCUCUGAUAGGGUUGUCCUGUAGCGGGAUGGACCAGCACACCAGUUCGAGCAAACGCAUUCGAAAACCCUCCCUCUUGUACGAGGACUUUGAGAGCCCGUCUCUGCCACACACGUUGCCCCAGGGGCCUCCUAUCCCGCCACAGCCCCCUGUGAAGGAUCCCAGCCGGCCGGGCCGAAUGACCAACCAGCUUCAGUUUCUUCAGAGAACCCUGAUGAAGUGUCUGUGGAGGCAUAACUUUGCCUGGCCUUUCCACGAGCCGGUGGAUGCCUACAGGCUUAAUCUGCCGGAUUACCAUAAAAUAAUCAAACAACCCAUGGACAUGGGCACCAUCAAAAAGCGUUUGGAGAACAACUUCUACCGCAGUGCCAGCGAGUGCAUACAGGACUUCAACACAAUGUUCACCAACUGCUACAUCUACAACAAGCCGACAGACGACAUUGUUCUGAUGGCCCAGUCCUUAGAGAAGAUCUUUCUCCAGAAGGUGGCUCAGAUGCCCCAGGAUGAAAUUGAGCUGCCUCCUCCGGCUCCUCGGAGCAAGAACAGUAAAGGAAGGGGUCGCAAAUCUUCAUCGAGGGCUCAGCAGGUGCCAGCAGUCUCCCAGUCAGCCUACUCUCCUUCUUCCUCGGACACUGAGUCAAUGCUCGCCGACUCUCCCCAGACCGUCCUGACGAAAACCCGGCCUCCAGCCAACAUCAUGGGCCUUCACCCUACACAGCCAACAACCAAGAAAAAAGGAGUGAAACGUAAGGCUGACACCACCACCCCCUCCACUAUGGGCCUGACUGUGGGCAUGUCGGGGCCAACACACAUGGUGGGCUUGGGGAAAGGAGGCCAUGGUGGCCACGGUGCCCACGGUGCCCAUGGCGGCCACAGCGCCCAUGGUGGCCACGGCACCCAUGGAGGCCACAGCGGGCAUGGAGGCCACGGAGGCCAAGUCCAUGACACCUCCAUGCACACCAUCUCCAUGGGGGGCAUGGGUUUGGACACCCCGCCUGGGAUGGGGAUGGUCAGGAGCACUGGAGGUCCUGUCCUGCUCCAGCCUAUGAUGGCAGGAGGUGGUCGCAGAGUGGGCAGUGGACGCCCCAUUAAACCCCCCAAAAAGGACUUGCCCGACUCUGUACAGCCUGUGCCCUCGAGGAAAGGCAAACUGAGCCCUCAGCUGAGGUACUGCAGCGUGCUGCUGAAAGAAAUGUUGUCAAAGAAACACGCUGCGUACGCCUGGCCUUUCUACACCCCCGUGGACGCAACUGCACUGGCGCUGCACGACUAUCAUGACAUCAUUAAAUGUCCCAUGGACCUCAGCACUAUCAAGAGGAAGAUGGACUGUCGUGAAUACAGAGAAGCACAGCAGUUUGCCAGUGAUGUCAGACUCAUGUUCUCCAACUGCUACAAGUACAACCCACCUGACCAUGAUGUUGUGGGCAUGGCUCGCAAGCUGCAGGAUGUGUUUGAGUUCCGUUUUGCAAAGAUGCCAGACGAACCUCAUUUGGAUCGCACAGCCAUGUCUAUGAGCGGCCAUCCAUCCUCCUCGUCCUCCUCUUCCUCCUCCUCCUCGUCCUCUUCUUCCUCCACUUCGGCGAGUGAGCCCAGCAGUGAGAGCGAAGAGAGCGAGAGCAGCCCCAACUCAGACAGCGAGGAGGAGCGGGCACACCGUUUGGCUGAGUUACAGGACCAGGUGUGCACACAGCUCAGAGCCGUGCACGAGCAGCUGGCUGCCCUCUCCCAAGGCCCCAUCGUCAAGCCCAAGAAGAAGAAAGAGAAGAAGGAGAAGAAGGAGAAGGAGAAGGAGAAGAAGAAAAAGAAGAAACUGGAGAAGCGAAGUCGAGGGGUCAGGAGCCGAGCUGGAUCAGAGGAAUGGAAAAUGCCCGGCAAAAUCCUGAAAAGCAAAUCAGCCAGAGCAGGAGGCUCCCAGCCCAAGAAAAACCAGGGGAAGAAGAGCAACAAGAACAGCAAGACAACAAAGAAGCCGUUCUACCCUCCACUGACUCCUACCAUGCUGCCGCACUAUGACUCCGAGGAAGAGGAAGAGAUCGUGCCCAUGUCAUACGAUGAGAAGCGCCAGCUGAGCCUCGACAUUAACAAGCUCCCGGGGGAGAAGCUGGGUCGCGUGGUGCACAUCAUUCAGUCCAGGGAGCCUUCGCUGAGAGACACCAACCCCGAGGAGAUAGAGAUUGACUUUGAAACACUCAAGCCAUCCACGCUGAAAGAGCUGGAGCGCUACGUCAUGACGUGUCUGAGGAAGAAGCCCCGCAAGCCGUACACUGAACAAGCCGGAAAGAAGGGCAGCAUCGGAAAGUCAAAAGAGGAGCUGACUCUGGAGAAGAGGAGAGAGCUGGAGAGGAGGCUUCAAGAUGUCAGCGGUCAACUCAAUUCUGUCAAGAAACCUGCGAAACCUAAAGCGGAGAAGCCGAGUGCUGCAGAGACUAACACGCAGCCCACGCGCCUCAGUGGCAGCAGCUCCAGCUCGGACUCGUCCUCUUCCUCCUCGUCAUCCUCGUCCUCGGACACCAGUGACUCAGAUUCAGGUUGAAGUGCUCACGGUGGCUUUAAGAGAAAAAAAACAAAACAUUUAUAACUCAGGGACUUGGGCUGGCCCAGGACACGGCAAACCCCUGAAGCAGCAGUGGGCUGAGAAAUGAAAAACCACGGCGAAUAAUCGCUCGAAGAGGACUCGUUAACAUUUUGUGAAUGUGGGACUAAGGGACGGAAACGUCUCCGUGGAUCAUCCUAGAACCUAAACACUAAAUGCCUUGGUUUCCCCAGUUCUCCCCUUUGUAAAUACUUGUAAAAAUUAUUGUUUCUUUUAUAAAGAAGAAUUUUAUGGUGAUCCCCCAAAGAGGGAAGAGAAGAAAUAAAAAGGAUGUGGAAAGACGGGCCUUGUUCCAGAUCUGCUUUGGCUGGCCUUACCGUUGCGUGCUGAGAGGAUGGAAGAGUUUAUUUAUUUGUUUGUUUUUUCCUCAUCUACAUUUCCUCUGACAUUACUGGAAUUUGAACCAGCAACCUUGAGGUCACAAGCCUUGCUUUUUUUGUAACAUCUGGCCUUUCGCCAUGCUUAAGUUGAGAUCAUCCCCGUGGUCUCCGCCUUAAUCUCACCCCGAAACAACAAUCCGUACAGUUAACCUGGAAAAACACAAAAAGAAAAGAAUCAGUGAGCUCUCAAAUUCCUUCUGAUAAUCAGAGUCACAAUUGUCUGAGCUCUGCUAGUUUCUGGUCAACAUUCAAAGUUCAGUUUCUUUCCUGGAUUAUUUAUCUUGUUAUGUUUGCAAUCAUUGUUCAUGCAGCUUAAACAUCAGGCUUUACGCUGCAGUCUGUUUAACAGACCUUUCUCAGAGUUACACUAGUUCAGUAUAGAAAGAGCUUAAUGCUUUCAUCUUUAACUUUGCCAUCAAGAAACACUCAUUUAUUGUUUUCUUGCCUCUUGCCUGUGUUAUUUCACUUUAAGCCCACAAACCAUUUAAAGACAGAACAAUCGGAAAAAAAAAAAAAAAAGACUCCCACUGAAGUUCUGUGUUCAGUAUUUUAAAAAGCGUCCUGUCUGUUCAGCUUUGACUCUUCAUGUUUCUCUGCAUUAAAAAAAAGCUGUGCACCUCGAGCACACACGACUGAAUGUUAACCCGUUGAAGUGAUGGUUUUCUAAGUUGCACAAAAACCCCAAACAUGUCAAAUAUUGACUUUCUAUCUUUUAAAGACAUCUGUAGCACUUGAAAAGCAAGCGGAGGUUUCUAAAAGAAAUCUGGCGGCUUCUCGGCACUUCCCAGAAACAGUGUUGCUGAAGUAACACUUUAAGUUUCCCGUAAAGAGACGACAAAGUCCUCACAGUGGAUUUAAGUCGAAGCUGUUGUUGAAUGUUCAGUGAAAGAAUAUAUGCUUGUACAUACUUAAACUGUAUUUGACCUUGCACAGACUAUUGUAUUCCUGCUGUUCAGUCUUUAUGUUUUUGAGUUACCCUGUUACCUCUUUCCCCCUCUCUUUGUUUUCUUCUUCUCAGUUUCUAACCCGGUUCUUUCUCAUUCCAGUUUACAGUCUUAGUUGUUUCCUGAAGAGUGUUCACAUGAGCAUCGCUGGUCAAGCAGGAUGUCUUUGCCUCUCUGGAGCAAACCUUUCCAUUUGACAAGUGUGUUCAUUAAAAUAUUCUCUUCUGUUGAAAA